CUACAGAAUUACCUUAUUUCUUUUGUUACAUGAAGGGGGAGGGGGAGAGAGAGAGAAAGAGAGAGAGAGAGAGAGAAAGAGAGAGAGAGAGAGAGAGAAAGAGUAAGAUACAAAGAGAAAGAGAGAGAGAGAACGAACGAUUGAUCGAUACAAGUUGAUGGUGAUUACUCCAAUUUUCUUCGAGUUAAUUAUGCUCUAUGCCGAGUGUAACGUACAUGAAAGAUCGAUACCAUUAUAACGAUAUCAACAUCGUUACUACGAUCGGAGAUACAUACAUUGGAGGGAUGAUAUUCCCCUAUAUUCCCUUUCGCCCCACUCUUCUCCGCCGCUCCUAUCUUCGAGCAAACUCGCCACCACCACGGGCCGAUACCAUGGAUGUUGGGCUAAAGCUUUGGUCCAGGGUAGCGGAGUUUGCAUCGAACUACGUUUCGCGAGAAACGCGACAAGACGAACAAAUUUAUUCGCCGAAAAGAGCCGAAAAACUAACCGAACGUGAGAAAAUCUGUCAAUUAUAUAGUGCGGGUAGUAACGAUUCUUACGAGUUGUCGCUUUUUCUUUUUCUAAUUAGGACGUGCACCGGAUGUAUAUACGUAUAUGUAUAGAGAAAAGAAACAAGGAAGAAGGAGAAAAGUUAAAAGAGAAAUUGAAAUUACGAUAAGUUGGUGCACUUUGAUUCGUGGUUAGCUUUACAACAAUGCUAAAUUUCUUUCGUUUUUCAAAAUUUACCGUAUUCACGUAUCCCGUAUACGCAAUAAGUGACAUGCGUCAAGCUUAAAAGUUACAGUUUGAGAAAUCGAACAAUGUUAGGAAAGGACUCGGUCUAUCAUGAACUGUAAAGAAAUCGAGAACGAUAGAAGAUCCGGAUAUCGAGAUGCGGUGCAUCCUAACAGUUGUCUCAUUGGGAGUGCUUCUGGCAACUGUUCGCUGCAGAGAGAAUUCAACGAAAAACGUUUUCGAUCAGUGCAUCUUUCCCCUUGGCAUGGAAGAGGGAAAAAUUCCAGAUGAUGCGAUCACCGCUUCUUCUAGCUACGAAACGAAAUCCGUGGGCCCCCAAAACGCAAGGAUAAGACAAGAGAAGAAUGGUGGCGCUUGGUGUCCAAAAGCGCAAAUCAGUAGCGCGAUAAGAGAAUACCUGGAGAUCGAUCUGACGAAAAAUCAUCUGAUAGCGUGGACCGAAACUCAAGGACGGUUUGGCAAUGGUCAAGGUCAGGAGUAUGCGGAGGCUUUCUUUCUCGAGUACUGGCGCGACACGAAAUGGCAUCAGUAUAGAAACUUGAUGGGUGACAGAGUACUACGCGGCAACAGCAACACCUAUUUGGUGGAAAAGCAGAAGUUGGACUUGCCGUUUGUCGCGAGCAAAGUGCGAUUCGUACCUUACAGCCAACAUCCCCGGACAGUUUGCAUGCGAGUCGAAAUUUACGGAUGCGUAUUGGAACAGUAUGUCGCGAGUUAUAACGCGCCCAAGGGAUCGAGUCCCGGUCCCGGCGGACGAAACGUUCAGGAUGCCUCGUAUGACGGUGUCGAGAUCGAGCAUCUUGUUCUCGUAAACGGUCUCGGUCAAUUGACGGAUGGAAUAUUAGGCGAAAUUUCUGAAAUUCUCUCCUCUUCGACCAAUGCUACGAACUGGAUCGGCUGGUCGGAUCGUACUACGAUCCAGAUUAUUUUUCGUUUUCAAGAACUACGAGAAUUUCAGAAUUGUACCGUACACGUCGCUCGUAUACCACAACUAGACGUCGAGACAUUUUCGCAAAUGCGCGUCUGGUUUUCCGAUGAUGGUGAGAACUAUCGAUCGGAAGCAGAAAAAUCUGAGUGGCCGAUCGUUGUUAGAUCGCCCGCUGCCGAAACGGUUUUGGUAUCGAUCCCUUUACAAUCUAGAAUUGGACAAUUUGUAAAAGUGGAAUUCAGUCUUGCCGCGAAAUGGUUGCUUCUCAGCGAAAUCACCUUUUACACUAGUAGCACAAGUCGGUCGAACGAUUUGAAUAUUUUAGCUGAUGAUCAGUCAUCGGAAAUUCAGCAAAAUCGAAGCGAACCACGAGCAAAAUCCAGCAGCUCCGUCAUCCACUCGACCAUCAACUCCGUGAGUUUGAAUGUAACGGAUCUUUACCAAAUCGACGAAGAUGCCUCAAUACCAGAUGUCUUUCCCGUUGGUACCUCCCAAACGUAUAUCGGCCUUGUCAGCGGCCUGUUGACAGUGUUUAUCCUUUUCUUAACAUGUACAACAUUUUUUAUCAAACAAAGAGGCCGUAACAAAGUCGCUUUGUUGCAAAAGCAUACAGCUCUACUGUGCGACUCAUCUGCACCAGGCAUUGCGAUCUCUCCGAAGGAUGUUAAACUCUCGAAUUCGAUCGUAACCGGAUUAUCCUUGAUUCGCAAACCUAUCAUUAUUGCCUCUUCCGAUAACUUGCCUGAUCGAUCCAAUACAGAUUUCCAAACGGAUGCCAAAGCUGCUGUCGAUUCUCACUUCGAUAAUUCUGAUGUCCGUUCCACUCUAUACGAGAGAACAUCCGGUCUGUUCUCCGAAGAAAAUCUUGUGGUUUCAAACUCAAACGCGUCCUCCACUUAUACAGCCGAAUCAUGUUCAGAUUUCAAACGCAAGUCGAGCUUCACGACAAACAAGUAUGCGGAGGUGACAAUGCCAACGACUAUGACAUAUUCGACGAAAAAAGCGUUUCAUCUUCAAUCGAGAAACACGAAUCAAAGAAUCUACGAGGGGUAUUAUGCGGCAACAGACAUUUUAACGAUAAAGAGAAGGGAGAUCCCGUCGACUAUGAGCCCGUUUACACCGCUUCACAUUCGCGAGGAAACCGUAUGUUUACCAAGUACCAUUGAUUCCUACAACGUUCAGCAUGUUUCCAGACACAGAUUAAGAAUUUUAGACAAACUUGGCGAAGGAAAUUUCGGUUUGGUCCAUUUAUGCGAAGCAAAGGGAAUCACGAAUCCCGAAGUAGGAGCGAUCCAAAGUCGGCAAAUUGUAAUCGUUAGGUCUCUUUGGCGAGGCGUUGUAGAUUCUUUAAGGUUGGACUUUACGAAGGAUAUGCAUGUUAUGGCGAUGCUUCAAAAUUCAAACAUAGCAAAGAUGAUGGCCUUGGUAGAAGAGGAACCGUUUGGAGCUAUUUUCGAGUUCGGUCGAUUCGGAGAUCUCCUUACCUUCUUAGAAAGUCGCGGUGGUAAUUUGGACAACAAGGACGAUAUUAGCUAUGACAACCAUUUAAGCUUUAUUACCCAAAUUGCAUCUGGCAUGAAGUAUUUGGAAUCCAUGAACAUUGCACAUUGUGAUUUAGCAGCCAGGAAUUGCAUUGUUGGUCAGGAUCUGACAAUAAAGGUGUCGGAUCAUGCCAUAUAUUGUAACAAAUAUGAUCAUCAUUAUUUCAUCGACGGGCAUAAUGUAAAAGUUCCUCUUCGUUGGAUGGCAUGGGAAGCAGUGUUACUGGGUAAACGUAGUUGCCGAGCCGACGUUUGGUCGUUUGCUGUAACAGUUUGGGAAAUUUUUCUAAAUUGUAAGGAGAUACCAUAUGCGGAUUUAACAGUGGCACAGGUUUUAGAAAACUGUGGCCGCUAUUACCAAAACGAAACGUAUAUCGGUGGUAAUGGACAGCCCGAUGACAACAACGACCAAAGAAAUCAUCAUCGAAUUCUUUCACAACCUGAUCAUUGUCCGGAUGACCUCUACCGUAUAAUGAAAAAAUGUUGGAGUACACGAAUCGAGGACAGACCCCAGUUUGCGGAAAUUCACCUAUACCUCGAGAGACUAGCCCUCGAUUGAACGUUCGAGAUACUCGAGAUCGAGUAGCACGGACCAAAUGGUUACAAUCAGCCAAGAAGCAUCCUGUACGUAAAUUUCAGCUUUUUAUGCUGACUUAACCUGUAUUUUCGCUUCAUUAAUUUCUUUUUUAUAUCUGUUCCUAAUGUAUAUUUCAAUCCACCUUAAAAAUAUCGUAAAACUAUUUCUUUCUCCCAUUACAAACAUUCUUCGUAAUCGCUUCAGGAUGCUCUGGCCAUUAACUUUUAAUGCUCAAUUAGGUUUAUAUAUAAAUCAACUUUUAUGCAUAUAGAAAUAU